GCUCCCGCGCCUGGCCCGCCCACCUCCACAUGAGCAUACCCGCGGCGGGAGGAGGAAGGGCAUCUGCCUCGCCGUUUUCCUUUCGCCAAUUUAAUUUCCACCCAUCCUCACCCCUCUUUCUUCUUGUUAUUUCUUUUCGGUUUUAAAUUUAAUUUUACCGUUAUCUCUGUAAUUAUUUGUGGGGGUGCUCCGACCGGCUCCCAGCGGAAAGGGUGGAUCGCUUCUCCGAGGAUCCCCGCGGCUCCUGGGGAAGGUUGCUGACACUGUGGCUGCAGUUUACUCGCAAGAUACAAACCAAACAUUAGUAUUUGAAGAACCACUCGAACAGGCGCAGUUCCUCGCUCAACAUGCCUUUCAAAGCUGGAUUAGAACUGACUGAAUUGCAGAAUAUGACUGUCCCUGAAGAUGAUAACAUCAGCAAUGAUUCAAAUGAUUUCACAGAGGUGGAAAAUGGCCAGAUAAAUAGCAAGUUUAUUUCGGAUCGAGAAAGCAGAAGAAGUCUCACGAACAGCCACCUGGAGAAGAAGAAAUGUGAUGAAUAUAUCCCAGGAACUACUUCACUGGGAAUGUCCGUCUUCAACCUUAGCAAUGCAAUUAUGGGCAGUGGGAUUUUGGGUCUUGCCUUUGCCUUGGCCAACACAGGAAUUCUCCUUUUUCUGCUGCUUUUGGUUUCGGUCACGCUGCUGUCUAUUUAUUCAAUACAUCUGCUGUUGGUGUGUUCAAAGGAAACAGGCUGUAUGGUGUAUGAAAAGCUUGGUGAGCAGAUCUUCGGUACCCCAGGGAAAAUGAUUGUCUUUGGAUCUACAUCUCUUCAGAAUGUUGGAGCAAUGUUGAGCUAUCUCUUCAUCGUAAAAAAUGAGCUGCCUUCUGCCAUAAAGUUUCURAUGGGAAAAGAAGAAACCUUUUCGGCAUGGUACGUGGAUGGGCGGAUUCUUGUUGUUGCAGUGACGUUUGGUAUAAUCCUCCCUUUAUGUCUCCUUAAGAACUUAGGAUACCUUGGCUAUACCAGUGGAUUUUCAUUGAGCUGCAUGGUAUUUUUCCUCGUAGUGGUUAUUUACAAGAAGUUUCAAAUUCCCUGUGAUGGAGCAGAGCUAAAUACAACAUCAUCUAUGGUAGCAAAUAGCUCAGCACAUGAACAUUUGUGUAAGCCAAAGUAUGUUAUCUUUAAUUCCAAGACCGUGUACGCUUUGCCCACCAUUGCUUUUGCAUUUGUGUGCCACCCAUCAGUCCUCCCGAUUUACAGCGAACUUAAAGACCGUUCACAGAAAAAAAUGCAGUUGGUUUCAAAUAUCUCAUUUUUUGCCAUGUUUCUGAUGUACUUUAUGACUGCCAUAUUUGGCUAUUUGACUUUCUACGAGAACGUGCAGUCAGAUCUGCUUCACAAAUACCAGAGCAAAGAUGACAUCCUCAUCCUGACCGUACGCUUGGCUGUGAUUGUGGCGGUGAUUCUCACUGUGCCGGUGCUAUUUUUCACUGUACGUUCAUCAUUAUUUGAGAUGGCCAGRAAAACAAAAUUUGACUUAUGCCGUCAUGUUUUGGUUACUUUUGUUCUUUUGGUUAUCAUCAACCUGUUAGUCAUUUUUAUCCCAUCCAUGAAGGAUAUUUUUGGAGUUGUAGGGGUCACUUCUGCCAAUAUGCUGAUUUUCAUUCUUCCUUCAUCGUUGUAUUUAAAAAUCACACAGCAGGAUGGAUCAAAGUUGACUCAGAGGAUUUGGGCUUCUCUUUUCUUGGCACUGGGGGUAUUGUUUUCCCUAGUGAGCAUUCCUUUGGUCAUCUAUGACUGGGUACAAUCGGGAGGCAGUGCUGAAGGCCAYUGAACUUCACCUUCUUCUCAAAAGACAACACCCCUGUUUGCUACACACCAAAAUCGCAACCAUCCGUUCUGUUGUCUUUUCCACCUUUUGUGAGUUUACUCAAAUCAAAUCAAAAUAAUGAUUAUCCAGUACUGAAAAUACUGUUAUGGGUGUAAUUUUCUUGCAGAAAACAGACCUAUUCUUCCAACAGGCAUGAUCAGCUAAAAGUCUGUGUUAAUUAUCCAUGAGACUAUAUAAAGCAUUGCUCAUAGAAAUUCAUCACAAKUAGUUUUCCCUCUUCCACCCAUAAAUUGCAUUGUUCCAUUAUUAUCCUUAGCCCUUCAGCCACAAGCUCUGCUCCUUUAGUGCAGCAGCGCCUGUCAAUUCCAACUGGAGUGUUGUCCRUUCACAUCCUUCCCCCUCUUUUAGCCAAAACUCUGCUCUCUAAUUGUAUGCAUCUGGUUUGUUGGUUUGUUUGUUUGUUCUGUUGCUGUUUCAGGCAGCAUUUGCCUCACUGGAUUAAGUGUAGCAUUACUUGCAUGAAAUCCAAGGCAUGAAAAGCACCACGAGAGCAUAACUGAGUGCUGUGUAAGCAAAGGUCCAAAAUGUGGUGCUUCUGUCUGAUGUUUUGGAGCCGGCCCCAGGGCUUGGCCCAUUCAUGGCUUUGGGGGACAGACUGUGUGUGUCURUGUGUGUCUUUGUGAUGUGGUGCAGGGAGCAGGAGAAGGACAGCCACCACCACCAGCCAGCAUUCCCCUGGCACACUUGAGCUGGAGGCUGACCAGAACUUGACCCCAAACCAUGAGUACUUGAGCCUGAAGAGAAGCAGACAUUUGGAGAUUUCCAUAGGAAGUCUGCAUUUGCUGCAUUCAACUCUUUAGUAGUGAGCCAUUGCUCUCAGAAGAAAAAUACCAAGCUCCAGUUUUAUCAAAACCUAAGCAUUUAAUCAUACCCCAUGUCUUUCCAUACUUUGUAGAGUAUGGCUCCUCUCUUGUGUCUUACCCUCCUUCCACUGAAGUCAAUGGGGUCUUUGGCAGCAGUGGGAGCAGGAUUUGACUCACUCUACAAAACUACAGGAUUUCUAAUGGAAAUUGAAAUCUGUAACAUUUCUUUAAGUGAACAGAGAUACUUUUUCUAUUUAGAACGUUUCAUUUACAUUUUUCAUUGAUUCUCCACAAGAAUUAAAACAUAUUAAAUUAUUACUAGCAGAAACACAGUUGUCCACAGAAUAUGUAUUUGCCUAAUGCCUUAUAGCUGGUGUAGAGAACUACUUGUAGAGACUCAAAUGUUAAGCAGGUGAUCAUUCACCAUCCUGAGCAGAUAUCUUCUAUUAGUGCACUGCCAGCAGUAUAAGUGUAUUCACUUUGUGUCAUUCACCAUGUGAGCUAAGAAGUGUCCCAGAAUAUGAACGUGGCUCCCACUGGAAGAACUGAUGGUUAAAGGGAUCCCUGCUUCAUACCUAAGGAGCCACACCUGCAGUGACUUUCUUGUUCCAAGUAGCUGGUUCACUGACUUUGUAACUGUGGAAGCAGGCUGUCAUCAGCUGUGAGGAACCUGUCAUUGCAAUUUGCUCUUUUUAAGGUUAGGGAUAGAGUAUUUGGGAUACUGCAAUUUUUGUCCGCAGUUAAAUCGCCUCAGUUACCAUUGCCUUGUCCUACAUGGCUUGAAGUCACUGAGAGCUAAGACCACAGAAUACAUCUAAGGACCCUGAAAGUUGGUUUCUAAAGGUAACAUCCAGAGAGGUUAGUUUGGGGCCUUCCUAUGAGUUUGGGCAUUGAGAUGCAGAUUGUUCAUGCUGCAGAAACUAAGCCUACUAAGCCCAGACUUCCAUAACUGUACCUUUGCGUUGGCAGUGAGGUACUUGCCUCUGAUGAUACUCCAUUGUGAUCCAGAAAUAAGGCAGAGUGGAUUCCACAGGCUGCCCAAGUUCUUGGAGUAGCCCAGCAGCAAGAACAAAACUGGAAGCUUUCUCCCUCCAGGCAAAGUGACCUGCUAGACURCAGUGCAGGGUUCCUUUUUUCUGCCUUCCUUCGGCCCCCUGAGACCUUCCCUCGCAGGCUCCCAGGAAGGUCUCUGGUGCAUCAUCCAUUCUCCCAAGCACCCCUUAGCCCAGCCUUUAACAUAAACCGCUGAGCUACCUGGGACUCCUGAGCUAAGUUCUCUUGUGCUUUCCUGUGGCUCAGAGCCUUGCCUGAGAUGGUGCAGGUCACCAGUUCUCUCUGUGCUGUCUGCUUAUGGGACUGAUCCCUGCCCUUAUCCACAGAGAAAUCCAUACCAUAGCCUACAAGACUAAGUGUUAGGCAAGCUCUGGGGAGAAAAGUCUAUGUUUUGUUCCCAUCUCUUGCACCACACUUCAGGCUUCUUCUCACCUUGAGAUGUAAAUUUGUGGUUUUCAUUUCGCAGGCACCCAACCCUCAGUURUCACUGCAGCAGGAGCCCAGCAUGUCACUGCACUCUCUGACAGCUUGCUGAAUUUGCAUUUCAGGUUUUGAGGUGCCUUAUAAUCUCUCUGGAUCUUAUCCUAAAAAACCUAACUCAGACCUGAGAAUGCUGUACAGUGUUAUCCUUAAGAUGCUACCGGGCUCUCCUGCUUUCCUUCCCCUUUAUCUUUCUUCUACUGCUGAUUAAUGAGCAGCACAGCUCUGUGCGUUGUGGGGUUGUGAGAGAUGAGAUCCUGGGAAUGGCUUUCAAGUAUCUAGGUAUUAGCUAGAGAUCUGAUCUGCUGCACAGGGCUCCAGCAAGGCCACAUCUGUGACAUCUCCCUCCUGCUUCCUCCCCCCCCGCCACCCAGCAAAUAGUCUGUAGUCUGCUGUUUGAAAUACCAACCACUGAGUUUUGGCACCCAACUUCCUUCGACUUGAAGGCCUGUUGGGUCACUGAUUGUUCCUUGCAUCAUCCUAAAUCUCCUCCCAUCACUAUUCCUCUCUCUCCUCUUUGCUAUUCUGCCUUCUCCUUUUCCCCAGUUUAUUUGUAUAGUGGAGUUUUACUGAAUUAAUAGGGAGAAUGAGCUGAGCGUGCAUAGAGUGAAAUUAUCCAAGGUACUGGACCACCAAAGCAUGUCUUAUAUAAUGAAAAAUAGAUACCCAAAAUACUAAGUCUUUAAACAGACUUUUUUCUCAGUCUCUUGAGGGAAAAAAAAAGGAAUUUUUGCUUAGACUGAUUUACUGGCAUCAUAUUUAUAGAUAUUUAUGGAAAGGAAUCAUGUGUUUAUUGAUGUCUGUGGUAAUGAACGUGAAAUAACGUGCUUUUUGUUUUCUCAUCAGGUUUAUACAUUCUUAACAGAAUGCAAUAGACCCUGCUGUAACUGUCAACAUCAGUGAUGGAUGACAAUAUUUGUAUGAGGCUAUCUGUAAAAUGUACUGCUGUUAUUCAGUUCAUUUGGAAUAGUGAACGUGUAGCCAGGAUUGUACAAGUCCCACAUUUUAGUUAGGAUUUUAAGAGCACAGUGAAAUGCUGUAGGAGUUUCUCUGUUGUAAAAUUAAUAGGAACCCAGAGUACCAUAUCUACUUAGUCAGUGAUAGCAUGCUUUCUUUUCAUAGAGAGUUUAUCACUAUUGUGAGCACUGCAAAUGUCAUAGGUUGGAUGCAAAAUUGCUCCUACUAACUGCAACAAAAAAACUUUUAAAUUCUUAUUUGUGUAAUAGCAACAAUUGAGUGGUGAAGGACAAGGAAGGACUAAUUAGAAGCAGGGACUACUAAUAAGAUUGUAUGAGUUAAUCCUGCACUUAAAAGACAGCCUUGCUGCCUCUCCUAGUCCACAGCACAUUGCAAAGAAAAUAGUUAUGGGCUUAAAGCAGCCGUAAUACAGCUGCCCUUCUUUCUCCAAUCACAGACAUGCCCAGUUAGUAAAACACCGUAAAUUGUUGUUUGGRAACAGUAUCUCUGGGGCAGUGACCUCUCUGGGUGAUGUUUGCUUCUGACCAGAGGGCCAGUGCCAAAUCUGUGCACCAGCACAGGCCUUUUGUGAGCUGACACGGACCAAGUGGUGCACAACAGCUGGUCUCAUCCUGCGAGGUCAGGGAUGGGGAUGCUUAUCUGCUCUGAGGGCUGCUCUUCUGAACCAGAUACGAACCCAAAGCCUGUGCUCCACUUGUAAUAGGUCACACGUGCAGUGUGGGUUGGAUGAUAUGUGGGUUUUUGUCUGUACAUCUGCCUUACAAUGCAUAAGCGCAACACAGCUCUCUGAUAUUGAGUAUUAAACAGUAACAAUGGUACGUCUAGCUGAUCUUUAAAUGAACAUAUUUCUUUGCUUGAACCUUACAUUAAGGCUAAAGAGCACCUUGGUCAAAACAAAACUUUUCRUGUGGUGGUGUCCCACCUCCAGUCCUACUGCCCACCCCAGUGCCUGUAGGAGAAAGGCACCGCAGAAUGUACUCCACUCCAUCAGCAGCUCCGUGAGAUGGCUUUAUCAACUGGUGCCAGGGUGCUUUCAUAGACAAAUCCCCAGAGCCCUUGGUGUCAGAAAAUCCUUAUUUCCUUAACGUACAGCAAAGAAUGUUUUAUUUGUAUCUAAUGCAAGGGUUUCUGUAACAAACUGUGAAAAAAAAAAAAAAGAUAA